AUGUUUCACCAGCUCCUGAUUCGUUGCGAAGAUCGUCAAAGUCAGCUUUUCCUGUGGUAUGACAGUCCGUCUGGCGAAAUCCACGUCUAUGUCAUGGACGUAGCGACGUUUGGGUCGACAUGCUCACCGUGCUCUUCCCAAUACGUCAAGAAUCUGAAUGCAGAAGAAUGGAAGUGCGAGUUCCCGGAAGCUGUAGAUGCGAUCGUACAUAACCACUACGUGGACGAUUAUAUCGACAGCAGGGAUUUUGUAGAGGAAGCGACGAGUAUUACAACAGCAGUAAAAGAGGUCCAUGCGAAAGCCGGAUUUGAAAUCCGUAAUUGGCUAUCGAACUCGGAUGAGGUUGUGCGACGGGUCGGGGACGGCAGCGUUGCAGAUCUUGACAGGGUUGUUCCAACGAAGCGCGAAGUCUUGAGGGUUGUAAUGAGUCUUUUUGAUCCUCAUGGCAUAGUGGCCGCUUUCGUAGUACACGGAAAGUGUAUCAUCCAGGACAUCUGGAGGUCCAAUGUGGAAGUACUGAAAGAGCUGGAUCAAGUCACUAUCCCUCGCUGCUACUUCCCAAACUAUUCACCGAACAGCUUGGACACACUUGAAUUGCAUGUGUUUGUUGAUGCAAGUGAGGAAGCGUACGCCUGUGUUGCUUACUUUCGCAUCAUCGAUCGUGGUCAGGUCCGCUGUGCACUUGUAUCUGCAAAAUCGAAGGUCGCUCCACUAAAACCACUGUCAAUCCCGCGGUUGGAACUGCAGGCAGCGGUCAUAGGAAGCAGAUUGGUGAAGUCAAUUGAGGAAAACCACACGCUGCCGAUUCGUCGUAGAGUAAUCUGGAGCGAUUCAAGCACGGUGUUAUCGUGGAUACAGUUGGACCAGCGCAAAUACCGUCAGUAUGUGGCGGUCAGAAUCAGUGAAAUCCUAGAUGUGACCAAUAUAGAGGAAUGGCGUUGGGUGCCAACGCGCCUUAACGUAGCGGAUGAAGCAACGAAGUGGAUGAAAGAACCCAGCUUCCAUGCGGAUUGUAGGUGGUUUGUCGGACCUGAGUUUUUGUACCAGGAGGAGUCGGCGUGGCCAAAAAGGAUUCUGCCAACAAAGGACACUGCUGAGGAGAUACGCCCGAUACAUGCCCAUCAUCGGAAAAUUCCUGAACCUCUGAUAAACUACAGCAGGUAUUCCAAGUGGGAAAGAUUAUUGAGAGCCACAGCAUUCCUUCUGCGGUGUGUAAAUAACUGCAGAAGCAAAAUCAACGGAGAUCCUGUCGAACUCAACCCCAUUUUGUCUCAACGGAAGCUGCAGAAUGCCGAGGAGUUUCUUUGGCGUGCCGUGCAGAUGUAG